AUGGAUGCUUUGAGCAGUCUCCUUCCUCCCGUGGUUGGAAAUGGUGAUACGGCUAAUUCACAAGAAUUACAAAAACUUCUGAUUGAUGAAAAAAUGCGAUGUGAACACCAUAAAGCAAAUUAUCAAACUAUAAAGGCAGAACAUCUAAGAUUACAGGAGGAAUAUACAAAAUCACAAGAUGAACUGAAGCGUUUGUUAGUUGAAAAGCAAACUGUACAUGACAAAUUUCAGCUUCUUCUUGCUGAAUAUCAAGAGGAGUUGCUGGGUAAAACACAAGAGCUGGAAAAACUGAAGACGCAGGUGCUAACUCCUCUAUUGGAAUCUCCUAUGACAGAACGUUAUCGGAAGCUAGAAAAUGAAGUGGAAAAAUACAGAACAGACUAUAACAAACUUCGUUAUGAACAUACUUUUCUGAAAUCAGAAUUUGAACAUCAAAAAGAAGAACAUGCACGUAUUUUAGAAGAGAAGAAAAUAAAAUAUGAGGCUGAGAUUGCAAGGCUGGAUAAAGAUAAAGAAGAACUCCAUAAUCAGCUGCUUAGUGUUGAUCCCACGAGGGACAGUAAACGUGUGGAGGCACUCUCUAGAGAAAAGGCACAACUGUAUCAGAAAUUAAAAGGCUUAGAAGCAGAAGUAGCAGAACUAAGAGCAGAAAGAGACAAUUGUGGUGUGCAAGCAGAAAAUGUUCAAAGAGUACAAGUACGACAGUUAGCUGAGAUGCAGGCUAUGACAAGGUCUCUAGAGGCAGAAAAGAAGUCUGCUGAACUACAGAUUGAUCGAAUUGAGAAAGAACUGCGGAUGAGUCAUGAGCAAAACAUUCUCUUAACUAGCAAACUUCACAAAUCUGAACGAGAAGUCAAUUCCUUAGCUGCUAAAGUAGAAGAACUUAAACAUUCACAUAAAUUGGAAGUAACAAAUGUCAAACUGGAGGCAGCAAGAACAAAGAGUGAGGUAGAAAGAGAGAGAAACAAGAUUCAAAGUGAAAUGGAUGGAUUGCUGUCAGACAAGGAAAUUCUUAAGGCAGCUGUUGAACGUCAUAAGGUGCUUUUAGUAGAAAAGGAUCGGGAGCUAAUUCGUAAAGUGCAAGCUGCCAAAGAGGAAGUUUUUGAAAAAAUUGCAGCCUUACAGGAUGAAAAGUUAGAACUCGAGAACAGAUUAGCUGAUCUAGAGAAGAUGAAGCUGGAACAAGAUACUUGGAGACAAUCUGAAAAAGAUCAGUAUGAAGAGAAACUACGUGUUGUACAGAUGGCAGAAGAAUCGAGCAAAAAGGAACUUCAGCGUUUGCGAUUAAAAAUUCAACAGCAAGCUAUUCAGACAGAGGAGCUGGAAGAAAAGAAACGUGAAAGUGCUGAUCUGAAACAGCAAAUGCACGAUAUGCAACUCCAGCUCGCCUCACUUGCUCAAUCAGAAAAUGAUUUACUGGAGUCUAAUCAGAAACUGAAGGAAAUAAUAGAAAGGUUGAAACAAGAAUGUCAACAUGCAAGGACUCAGGCAGAAAAAGCUCAACUGGAAACAGAGAAGACUUUAGAAUACAAACGUAUAGAAUGGCUGGAGGAGAAGCAUGUGCUUACUCAGCGCAUCACAGAGACAGAAGAGAAAUACAACCAAGUGAAGAACAAGUUAUGUCGAGCUGCUGUUGCUCAGAAAAAGAGAAAGACUCUCAAUGAUAAUAAACAAAGGAGGAUGCAAGAGAAACUAGAACUUUUGGAAGCCAAGAUAGAAGAGCUAGAAAAAGAAAAUCAGGUGCUAAAUAGGAGGAACAGCAUCAGAGAGAGCUUUCCCUGCUUCGCAAGCGGCUAG